AUGGCUUCUGAUCUCAAGAGACCAGGUGAAGAGGAUGUCACACCAGAUGCUCCUGUGAUGGAAAAGAAACUCCGGCUGCAAUCAAUGGACCAUGGUGUCGGAAGUGAACCAGUUUCAACUUUAGAGAUCAUUCCAACAGAGGAUUACAGGAAGUAUAAGGAUCAACGUUAUAAAAUCAAAGGUGAUGAGUUACACGGUACCCAGAUGACGACAGAAUUUGAAGAAGAACUAUCUCAAAUGGAGCAUGAAUUUGCUGCAACACAGGAACAUGACGUUAUGUAUGCGCGAGAACCACUGCCGGAGGAUUUCUCUUCCAAGGCUUAUGAUAUCUCCUUCCAGCAAUUGGAUGCUGAGCAGAGUACUCUGACGGGGUUUAAAGAUGAAAACACAUCCACUAUAGUUCGAUUCUUUGGGGUAACCAAUGAUGGUCAUUCAAUUCUUUGUAACGUCACUGGCUUCAAGCAUUACUUGUAUGUUCCUGCGCCAAACGCAGGGGAAGCUCUAGAUCCUCACCAAUUAGACGAUUUUGUCAAGUAUCUAAGGGAAAACUACGACAAUGCAGUAGAUAAGAUAGAGUUGGUACCAAAGCAAUCAAUAUGGGGAUAUUCAGGCGAUUCCAAACUACCGUUUUACAAGAUUUAUGUGACUCACCCAAACUUUGUUAAUAAGCUUAGAACGGCUUUCGAGAAAGGCCAUCUAAGUUAUAAAUCAUGGUUCGGUACUGGAACAACGACCUACGACAACAUUGCUUACACUUUAAGGCUCAUGAUAGAUUGUGGUAUUGUCGGUAUGUCGUGGAUAACUUUACCAAAAAAUAAGUACCAAUUGAUCCCAGAAAAUGAAAGAGUGUCGUCGUGCCAAAUAGAGGUUCGCAUUAACUACCGGGAUCUGGUGGCCCACCCUGCAGAAGGUGAAUGGUCACAUUCUGGUCCACUUCGCAUCUUAUCCUUUGAUAUAGAAUGUGCUGGAAGAGUGGGAGUUUUCCCUGAGCCACAGCAUGAUCCAGUCAUUCAAAUUGCAAAUGUCAUGAGUAUUGCUGGUGCCAAAAAGCCGUUUGUGCGGAAUGUCUUCACUGUAGGUAGCUGCGCGGCUAUCACAGGUUCACAAGUUUUCCCUCAUGAUUCAGAAGAAGACAUGCUAAAGCACUGGCGUGAUUUCGUGGUUGCUGCAGAUCCCGAUGUCAUUAUCGGGUACAAUACAUCGAAUUUUGAUUUCCCAUACCUUAUCGAUCGUGCAAAAGCUCUGAAAAUUGAAACAUUCCCUUACUUUGGUAGACUAAAGUUUGUCAAGCAGGAAGUCAAGGAAGCAAUAUUUUCGUCAAAGGCAUACGGUACCAGAGAAUCUAAAAAUGUCAACAUUGAUGGUCGUUUACAGCUGGAUCUUUUACAGUUUGUGCAAAGAGAGUACAAAUUGAGAUCUUACACUUUGAACGCUGUUUCUGCCCAUUUUCUAGGUGAACAGAAAGAAGACGUGCACUAUAGUAUUAUUACAAGUUUACAAAAUGGUGACAGCGAAACAAGAAGAAGGCUGGCUGUCUACUGUUUGAAGGAUGCAUAUCUUCCACUGAGACUAAUGGAAAAGCUGAUGGCGCUUGUCAAUUAUACAGAAAUGGCCCGUGUCACAGGUGUUCCGUUCUCUUACUUAUUGAGUCGUGGUCAGCAGAUCAAGGUUGUCUCUCAAUUGUUCCGCAAAUGUAUGGAGAUUGAAACAGUGAUCCCCAACAUGCAGUCUCAAGGAUCAGACGAGCAAUAUGAAGGUGCUACAGUUAUCGAGCCUAUUCGAGGGUAUUAUGAUAUACCGAUUGCUACCCUGGAUUUCAACUCCCUGUAUCCCAGUAUUAUGAUGGCUCACAACCUAUGCUAUACUACCUUGUGCAACAAGGCUACCGUCGAUAGGAUGAAGUUAAAGCAAGAGGAGGAUUAUAUAAUAACACCCAACGGUGACUAUUUUGUGACUUCUAAACUGAGACGUGGUAUUCUACCUAUUAUUCUGGAUGAAUUGAUUAGUGCAAGAAAGCGUGCUAAAAAGGAUCUUAAGAAUGAAAAGGAUCCUUUCAAAAGGGAUGUGCUUAAUGGUAGACAACUGGCCUUGAAAAUUUCCGCAAAUUCUGUCUAUGGGUUCACAGGUGCAACAGUUGGUAAGUUACCGUGUCUGGCCAUCUCAUCUUCCGUUACCUCAUUUGGUCGUGAGAUGAUUAUGUUGACCAAGAAAUCUGUCGAGGAGAAAUACUGUGUCAAAAAUGGAUUCAAACACGACGCAGUAGUGGUAUAUGGUGAUACAGAUUCUGUCAUGGUCAAGUUUGGGACCAAUGAUUUGAAGGAAGCGAUGGAUCUAGGUGCUGAAGCUGCCGCAUAUGUCUCUACAUUAUUCAAGCAUCCAAUCAACUUGGAGUUUGAAAAAGCGUAUUUCCCAUUUUUGCUGAUUAACAAGAAGAGAUACGCAGGUCUUUUCUGGACUAGUCCUGAGAAAUAUGAUAAGUUGGAUCAAAAAGGUCUUGCUUCUGUCCGGAGAGACUCUUGUCCUUUAGUCUCCAUUGUUAUGAACAAAGUAUUGAAACGAAUAUUAAUUCAAAGAGAUGUGGAUGGAGCACUUGCCUUUGUCAAGAAAACGAUUGAUGAUAUUUUGCAUAACAGAGCUGACAUAUCCAAACUGAUAAUAUCGAAGACACUGGCUCCUAAUUAUACGAAUCCUCAACCGCAUGCAGUCUUGACAGAAAGAAUGAAAAAAAGAGAUGGUGUCGGUCCAAACGUUGGUGAUCGUGUUGAUUAUGUGAUCAUGGGCGGUAACGAUAAGCUUUAUAACAGGGCGGAAGAUCCGUUGUACGUUCUAGAGCAUAAUAUCCAGAUUGAUUCACGAUAUUAUCUGACGAAUCAACUGCAGAAUCCCCUUAUCAGUAUUAUUGCCCCAAUUAUUGGUGAAAAACAGGCAAACGCCAUGUUUGUGGUGAAGUCGAUCAAGAUCAAUACCGGUGAGAUGAAAGGUGGUUUGAUGGGAUUUAUCAAGAAAGUCGAUUCAUGUAAGAGCUGCAGAAGCCCUCUUAGAUCAGGCGAAGGUCCUUUAUGUUCCAAAUGUAGUGUAAGAUCCGGAGAGCUAUACAUCAAGGCACUAUACAAUGUUAGAGAUCUUGAAGAGAAAUUUGCACGUUUAUGGACCCAAUGCCAAAGGUGCGCUGGUACUUUACACAAUGAAGUUCUCUGCUCAAACAAAAAUUGUGAUAUCUUCUACAUGCGAGUUAAAAUGAAGAAGGAAUUACAAGAAAGCGUUGAUCAACUAAGUAAAUGGUGA